CCUUUUUCCGUCGUCCUCUUUCCCUUCUGCAGCAAUGUCUAAGAGAGGACGUGGUGGGUCAUCUGGAGCCAAGUUCCGCAUCUCGCUGGGUCUCCCAGUAGGUGCGGUCAUCAACUGCGCUGACAAUACAGGGGCCAAGAACCUGUACAUCAUCUCGGUCAAGGGCAUCAAAGGACGCUUGAACCGUCUUCCUGCAGCUGGUGUGGGUGACAUGGUCAUGGCCACCGUCAAGAAAGGCAAACCAGAACUCAGAAAAAAGGUGCAUCCUGCGGUGGUGAUACGACAGCGGAAGUCGUAUCGGCGAAAGGAUGGCGUGUUUCUCUAUUUUGAAGACAAUGCAGGGGUCAUAGUUAAUGUCAAAGGAGAAAUGAAAGGCUCUGCCAUCACGGGACCGGUGGCCAAGGAAUGUGCUGACCUGUGGCCCAGGAUUGCUUCAAAUGCAGGCAGCAUAGCAUGAUCCUGAACUCUGGCUUGCUCUUUUCAAUAAAAACAGUUGUAAAG